CGAAGGAAAAACCUUACUGUCAACCAUUAAAACCGAAGAACACUCCGAUGCUCAAAACGUAGCGAUAGUUGAACUUUUGGCUCAUCUUUUACCAUGUACACGUGUGAUUGGAUUACGUGGUCGCAAACACUGGAAACCAUCGAUCCAGGAGACGAAGGAUAGCAUUUUUCUACGCGUCAAGGAUUUUUCUCAGCUCGACCCUACUCUUUCUAAGUUGAUCAAUAGUUGGCACGAUAAAGGUCUCCCAUCAACUCAUAUUAUCAUCAUACACGGGGAGGAUAUACCAACGGCCUUCACAUUGUGGCAUGAGUCUGUGUCAUACAAGCUUCCAAAUUUCCUGAAAGCGUUGGACAUUUGUAUCAAACUGUUUAAAGCAUAUGACAUCGAAUUUCCUGCUCAGUCAUCCGGCGUGUGGACUUUGCUUGCCGCAUGCCUUUAUGAUUUUGACAUCGACCAACCAAAUAUAGAAGCUUAUCGUACAGCGAUUAAAAGUAAGAACCAAUUACAAUGAUCAGAUGCAUCGUGGAAAGGUGCCAGUGGGUAUCGUCAAGUUACGAAAGAUUGUACGAUCAUCUCAACCGAUACCAUCAACCACUAUCCAAAUUUUGUUGUAAUAUCGAUAGUUGCACAAGAACUUUCAAUUUACGAGCGUCUUUUAUUAGACAUUACAAGAAGCAUUUUCUUAAGGACAUGCAUCGCGAUACAUCCAAUCAUAGUUUGAAUGCGGACAUUCAAAAUUACUCUGACUUCUCAGAUUCAGCCUCGAAUAAUAUAAUACCAACUGAAGACAACAAGUUGAUCGAUGGAAAUGUCGAAUCAGAUCCAUUACCUGUGACCGGAUUGGAAAGCGUAUUGCAGAAAAUGGAUAAUUUAUGUGUCGGUUUGAACUUAAAAUGGUUAAACAUUAACUCUUUUCCACGAACCACUGUUUUCGAGAUUCAACGUGAUAUUCACAAAAAUAUACUUGUUCCCAUUGAAGAUUUGUUGAAAACAUUACACAGUAUCGGAUUAUUAUCAAAGGAAGGAAAACAGUUGACAGAUAGCAUGAUGCGAAACUACACAGGAAUGGAAACUGAAUACAAAUUUAUCCAGAUGCUAAAACGAAAUGACCUGUUCGUCGAUGCUAGAGAGUUCAUCAUCAGCAAUCAACUGCAACCGAGCGUCGUCAACAAUAUUCAGCAAAUGGAUAAUGAUCCUAUUACAGGAAUUCUCAUGCCUAUACAAUUUCAGUUGCGCAAAUACUUGGAGUCACCAAAUGUAUUUCAAACAAUUAUGAGCAACUUGGCGCCAUCGACGGACGGAUGUAUUCGUAGCAUCGUAGAUGGUAAUCUUUGGAAAAGCAGAACAGCUGGAAUGUCUCCGAAAAUCGUAGUUCCGAUCAACUUGUUCUUCGAUGACUUCACCACCGGUGACACUGUCUCGCCGCAUGCAUCGACCACUUCAGUUUGUGGAAUCUACUAUUAUGUGCCAUGUCUGCCGGGACAUAUUUUGUCGAAGCUCGUUAACAUUUUCGUAGCUGGAUACGUGUUAUCCGAAGACAGGAAGUCACACACAAAUGAAGAACUUUUCACUAAUCUAGUCAAUGUACUGAUUGAAUUAGAAUGCGAUGGAUUACAAAUAACGGUAGAUGAGCAGAAAUUAGUAGUUUACUUCAUGGUAGGGUCCAUAACAGGAGACAACUUAGGACUCGCAGGUAUAUUAGAUCUUGUUGAAAGUGCUCGUGCAAACUACUACUGCCGUAGGUGUAAGAGAGAUAGAACACAACGCGAAACAGAUACAAUUGAGCAUCCAAAAAGUUUUCGAUCUAUAGCAAACUAUGAAACAGACAUCGAAUUACAAGACGUGUCAAUGACUGGAGUCAAAAAAUGCAGUAUCUUCAACAGAAUUCCAUCAUUUCACAUAGUCAGGAAUGUCUAUUUUGAUCUUAUGCAUGACUUGUGGGAAGGAGUUUGUGUUUAUGGGCUAGGCCAUUGCCUAAACUAUUUCGUGUAUAAGAAAAAAUAUUUUGAUUUAAAUCAACUCAAUAGUAGAAAGAAUUUAUUUCAAUUCGGUAAUCUGCACUCUUCAAACAUUCCUAAUGAUUUAUUGGACACAAAUUUAUCAAAAAAUAAAAUUAAGAUGACGGCUAGUGAAAUUAAAACGUUAGUUACAUUCUUACCGCUGAUUAUCGGAGAUAAAAUACCUGAUCAAGAUGAAGUUUGGACAUACUUUUGUAAUUUAUUGAAGAUUUGUCACAUUUUGAUGCUACGUGAAAUUCCCUCAAGUAUGGUUCCUUUAUUAAGAGAAAUCAUCGAUCUUCAUCACUCUCAGUACCAAACACUAUUUGGCGAUACCUUAAAACCGAAGCACCAUAACUUGGUUCAUUAUCCGUCAUUUUUGGAAGAUUCUGGAACAGCUCGGCAUCAAUGGGCGAUGCGCGGAGAAGCGAAACACAGAGAUGCGAAACAGUACUGUAGAGUAAAUAACAAUAAAAUUAAUCUUUGUAAAUCGUUAGGCAUUAAGAUUAGUUAUAAAUUUGCCCAUAGCGUUAUAAAUGAGCUCUUCAUACCGCCAAUGAUAGAUUUAAGUAAGUCUAAAACUAUACUAGCGCAAUUAACUUCGGAGCAUAGAAAUUUGAUUCAAAAAUCUAACAUUGCUUUGAAUUUUAGCGACUCAGUAAAACACCUGAGCAGUUUUGUUUUAUGCAGUACAGUAUUUAGCAAAGGAACUGUGUUUUAUUUAGGCCAAGUAAACCUCAUAAGAAUGUAUGAAGUGGAAAACAUAAUUCUUAAUGAUCAAAAUCAACUAAUUUUAAUUUGUAAAAAAAUGAUCUACAGUUGUUUUAACAGACAUUUGCAAUCGUUUGAGAUAAUCAGAACAAAUGAAUUACAAGCACUGUGUAACAUUGAAAAAAUGAAGACCCAAGCUGUAAAUUUACAUAAAUUAGGAAGUAAGCUGUACUAUCGAUGUUGUAACAUUAAUGUACAUAUAGAUAAUAAUUGAUGUGUAA